GUUGUCCAGACGUAAAUAUGCGCCGGCGCAACGUGUGCGCGCGUGACGCGCAUUACGCCAUUUUUCAGUGCAAUGAGUGCAAUUGCUUCGCGGAGGGCUGCGGUUAGGUGCUGAUCCAAAUUUUGGCUGGAUUUUGAAGCCGAAUUCUGUCAAAGGAUCGGCCUAAUCAAGGUACAAGCAACGGACGGUUAUACCCUCUUGGAUAUAUCGCUAGGCAGCAGUGAUGGAGGACGAGCUUCAAGCUGGCGAGGACGGUUUCUACUGCGUGGGCUUCAAAAACGUGUUUGCGCUGAACGAGUCGCAGAUCAUGAGCACGUUCUCGCAGUACGGCAACGUGCAGUCGGUGCGCGGUGCCAAGGACGGCAUUGACAACCGCCGCUGGACGUUCGUGCGCUUCUGCAACCCCGAGGAGGCGGUGCGCGCCAUCACGGGCAUGCGCGCGUCACCGCACCUGUGCAAUGUCAACUACGUUAAGUACGUGGCGGACGCGCGGCCUAAGAGCGAGCGCCUGCAGACGGGCGGGACCACGCGGCCGGCGGCCGGCAGCGGCGUGUCGCCGAUGGUGCGCGGCGACCAGCCGGCGGUGCCGGAGCGCUCGCCGGCGCGGCCGCCCGCCGCCGGCGCCUCGGGCAAGUACGAGGUGUAUGUGGGCAACUGGCCGCUCUCGCUGGAAGAGGACGAUCUGUACGGGCUGUUCGCCAAGUUCAACAUCAAGGCGCUGUCAGUGCGCCUGUACAAGAAGGAGGAGCGCGGUUUCGCCUUCGUAGUGGUGCCCUCGGCCGAGGAUGUGACGCGGGCCAUCGAGCAGCUCAACAGGGGCAAGGUGGCCGGCCGCCAGAUCGUCGUCAAGGACUCGCGUCACAGCAGUUCCGCAAACAAACAUCAGACCCAGUCGAACCAGAAUGCCCAGGAGCCGCGGAAGCAGCAACAGCGGCGGCAGCAACAGGAGCGGUCUCAGAGUCAGCAGCGGCAGCCUCAGAACCAACAGCACCAGCCGCAGAACCAACGUCAGCAGUCGCAGCCGCAGCAGCAGCGGCAGUCGCGCCAGCCCCGGCCGCAGCAGCAGGCGGCGGCGCCCGCCGGCCGGCCCCAGUCCGCUGGCCGGCCUCAGGGUAGCGUGCGCCAGCGUCUGGGCGGCUCCGUGCACCGGUCCGGGGAGCGCGCGCCGCCCGACGCCGCGCAGAUGCCUCCGCUAGUGCUGCCGCCGCCGGAACAGCCGGCCAUGCCACCGCGCCCGGCAGCGUACCGGCCGCCAGUGGGCGCCAACGGAGCGGCCCCGCCGGCACAGUACAACGGAACGGCCGGCCGACCGCCGCGCCCAGACAUCCGCUUCGACCGAGAGCCGGCCGGCUACGAUCGUUCACCGGCUCGGUACGACCGUGACCCGGCUCGGUACGACCGCGAUCCGGCUCGCUACGACCGUGAACCGCCGGUGGACCACUUUGAGUCCGAGUUUGAGCCGCCGAGGCCGAGGGCAGGGCCGUACGGCGGUCCGCCGCGACCGGCGCCGACUAGGUCGGCGCAGCCUGGUCCGCCCCCGCUGGCUGGCCUCGGGUCGCGACGCAGCUAUAACCAACGGGCCGAUGCGGAGGUGGACUACUCGGAGCCGUUCGUGAAGCGGGCCCGGUACGGCGAGCCGGAGCCGGCCGGGCCGAUGCGCACGCCGUCCGCCCCGCCUCCGCUGGCCUGUCCCGUGGGCCCGUCGCCGCGCAUUUCCAUGCAGCCGCAGCGUGGAGGCGACAUGGGCCCUCCGCCGAUGGCGCUCCGCUCCGCAGUGGCCAUCUCAGAGCGCAUCAAGAGCCGCCUGCACGCGCCCAUGGACGUGGUGGCGGCCAACUUCCCGGCAGGAACCAACGAGCACGACCUGAUGCAGCUGUUUGACCGGUUCGAGCCGCUGAAUGUGCGCAUCAUGGUCAACAACUCGAGCCCGCACCCAGACGACUUCACGUACGCGUACGUCACGCUGUCCAGCCGGAUGAUGGCUGACGAAGCCGUCAUGGAGAUGGAUGGUAUGGCUUUCCACGGCCGGCCGCUGGUCGUCGAGACGCGCAAAAACUAGCGGCCGCGCCGUGCAUUCAGCGGGCAGACAGACGUGACCUGACCUCGGCCCCCCGCCGGUACGGACCCCGGUCUUGUGCGGUCGGAAUGGGACGGACACAGCCCAGCGGCGGCCACAAACGCCGCGAGCUAGCGCAGAGCGCAGAGGAUCGAGCGACAUCGUAGCAUUUUCAUCGGUUUUGUGCGUUUUACACAACCACUCAUCAUUGACCAGACCUGACCGCGUUGUUAGCAGUAGUAGACAGUUAAGUUUCAGUGGAUCUGUGCGGCCCGUGAGAGGCCAGCUGUUAGCGCGGAAAUUUCAACAAGUGCAUGCUGGUUUGGUCUGCUGAGCCAAACCGAUUUCGCACUUAAUGACAAAUACAUUUCCGAUGAAA